AUGUCCGCAUCUCCGUGUCCAUCGGCAGCACACCACGCUGUUGAUGAGGUGCUCUUUGGAGAUGAUGAUGAUGAUAGCAAAUUCACGCCUCCGCCGGUGGCCAACACUACCUCGCCCUAUCUCUCGCACCUGCCCUCACCUGCUCAAACUGAAGUCAGUCAGAUUGUUACCUCGUCUCAGACAUACAAGCACUUUCUCGCUCAAAAGUACGCCGCCGAAUCGACCUCUGACAGCGCCGAUUCCGCCGUCAACAAUGACAACAACAGUUCUGUUGCUCUGCACCUUCAGUCAUCCUCAUCCCCAGCAACAACGCCAACAUCGGCAACAUCUGCAGUUGCUCAGCAGCAGCAGCAACAGCAGCUGACACUGGCCAGUCAGACUGCCCAGCAACAACAACAGCAGCAGCAGCAGCAAUUUCAGCACCAGCAGAUCUCAAGCUUCUACCCUUUCUCGCCGCUGGUGAGCAGCAGCUCUCACUUUGACAGUCGCGGUCUGCUGGUCGGCGAUGGCACCUGCUCAGGACCUCCUCCUCAGGUGGGCGUCCUCGAGGCCUCCUCGGUGGAGUCGCCCAGCACCUCAAACGGACAGGCGGCUCCAGGCGCUGGAGGUGGUGGUCCAGGAUCGCCUGAGUUAGAAGGCGUUGCUGGUGCAGCACAGGCGGCGGCAGCGGCGGCGGCUCUCUUCAACGAGAGCGCCAUCAACGCCAUCGCCGGCUUCAUCAAGGACGUCGACAGCGCCCACAACUCCCACCUGGUGACCACCAUUCAGCAGACAAGUGCUGGUAACGGCGGUGGUGGUGGUAGUGUGACCUCCACUUCCACCGCCGCCGACAGCAGCCUCUUUGACGUGGCCGUGGCCGUGGCCGGGGCCGGAGCCGAUGGUACGGUCGAUUCGACGACCACGACGGCCACCACCUCCUCCUCCUCUUCCUCCUCUUCGCUCAACCCAAACAUAUCACCCAACUCCAGUAGUAGUAGUAGUCAGCAGCAGCAGCAAUUAUCACUGUCUUCCGCAUACGCUGCCUUUGGUACUUACAAUGGCCAACAGCAGCAGCAGCAUCUCAGUCAACAACAGCAGAGCAACAGCAGCUCUGUCCUCACAUAUGGUCACCUCUCGCCGGAGGAGCAUCACCACCAUAACCACCACUUUUCCACUGCCUCACUGCUGCACAUGGACACCAGUGGACAACAACAACAGCUUGGUCAGCAGCAGCAACACCAAUCACUCCUGCUGCCGCCCCUGUCCUCGCCGACCAUGUCGCAGAUUGACAGCUACUUCAACGGCACCUCAGGCGCAGGCGGUGGUCAACAGUCGUCAGCUGGCAAGAUAAUAGCCUCGCCGCUGAGCCUCCAGGAGCACCACCAAAUGCACCCCCACCACCAACAAGCUUCUCACCACCAGGCGAACUUUAUCGUCAACGACGUCAUCGCCGGCGGCGGCGGCGUCAGUGGCGGUCACUGCGGCGGCCUGCUCACCGCCGAGGAGACCAACUGCUUCCUCAACGAUCUCAACCACCACCACCACCACGGCCAGGAGGAGGAGGAGGAGGAGAGCGAACACAUUGUGGGCUCAUUCGUGCCGGUGGUACCGGAAGAGGAGGUGCAG